ACACUAGCCCGAAGAGAACGUUACAAGAUUAAUACAUACGUUACACAUCCAUGGGUGUUUCGUGACUCUGAGACAUCAUCUGCUCUUGUGGUCAACUCCGAGGAAGCCUUUUAUCCUAAGCCUGCAUUACAACCAGGACAACAAGUGUAUGGUCCAGCAAGUCCCCCGCUACAUCAUAGCCAACAUUUGCAUACCUCUUUUACAGCCUCAAGGAUAGAGCAGCACAGGUUGUGUGGUCUUGUCUGCACGACCCUCAAGCUGUGUUCUCCCUGGAAAUUCCCAAAGUUCUUAUGCUUACAAUAGCUAAGUGGCCAAACUGUGGUAGUUUAUACAGAGGUAACCAUAACUAAGGAUAAAAAUGGUAGGCAAAGAAAGACUGGAGAAUGUCAACCCACAAGUGUUUACCAAGGCCAGUCAGAGAGUAGAAAGCUCGACAGACUGGGAUGAUGAGGUUUAUGACCCAUUUGAUGCUAGAGAAGUCUUUGAUCUGGUGCGCAACAUCCGAGAUCCAGAACAUCCACUCACUUUAGAGGAGUUGAAUGUUGUGGAAGAGUGUCAGUGUGAUGUGAACGAUGCCGAGAAUUCAGUGAUGCUGCACUUCACUCCCACCAUCCCUCACUGCAGCAUGGCUUCCCUUAUUGGUCUUAGCAUCCGUCUUAAACUCUUACAGACUCUACCAACCAGGUUUAAAGUUGAUGUACGCAUCUCCCCUGGGACUCAUGCCUCUGAGCAUGCCAUAAACAAGCAACUGAAUGACAAGGAACGUGUGGCUGCUGCACUAGAAAAUCCUCAUCUUUUGGAAGUUAUUAACAAGUGCCUGAAUCCCAGAGGUCAAAAGUAGAGAGAUAAAUCAAAGCUGCCUUAGAGGGAAUUUUUUUUAGCAAGACUAUCAAGUAAGCAUUGAUUGAAGCAUCUUGCUUCAGUCAGUGGGUUGAUUUUGGACCUAUAACUGAGUGGUGGUGUGAAGAUGGUACUGUAUACACUUUUUUGGCUGGUUAUUAAUUAAAUUUUGUAAUUGUUCCAUUAAGGGACACUUGAGUUCUCCUGUCUUAAGAGACAGGGAAACUCACGUGCCCAUUAAACCCUAAAUGAUUUAAUGAUGAUGCCAAUAUUAUUAUUAUAUUUAUUACUUAUAAGGUCGUACAAGUUUAGUGCUUCUUUUGUGAAGUAAUAAUAUAGGGCACACAGUGCCGACUUGUUGAAAAAAAAAAAAAAAAAAAAGAAGAGGGUAACUACUGUAUCUUGGAUCAGGAGAUUUUUGGCAUCAAGGUAAUCCCUUAUGGGGGUCGAUUUUGAAUAAUGGGAUGUAAUAGUUGCAGUGCAGCAGAGAAUAACCCUCACAAGUCAAGUGGUUUACUGUCUUUCAGAUGGGGAGCUCCGAUGCUGUUGAAGGACUUCGAUCUGAUUAAUUUAAGCUACCAUCCGCUUCCUCAGAUCAAACUUGAUUACCUCCGAUUCACCAGGUGUUGAGACCCCUGUGGCUUUAGUGCUUUCUACAUAAUUAUAAUAUUAAUUAACUUGAAUAUUAUUCAUACAUAUUGAAUAUUAUUUUAAUUAAACAUCUUAGAGGAAGAUACCAAUUGAACCAAAUGGGUCAUACAGGUGUUUCUUAAAUAUAGAUUUAUACAGUAUAUCACUGGUGCUGAGCGAGGGGCUUGUAACCCCUUCUCCUGUAUACAUUGCCAAAAUUAAGAAGAUAAUUUUUUUUUUUUUUUUUUUUUUUUUUGGUGGGAUACGGCCAGUUUGUUGAAAGAUCACUGAUGCUGUAUGACUCAUGUGGUUUUAGUUUUUAAUAUGCAGUACUGUAAUAAUGUCAAAUGUAGCGGCUAAAUAUUGUUGUAUGAAAUUGUAAAUGAACAUUUCUCAGUGGGAAAUUAAUGACAACAUUGAGACAGAAACAAGAGUGAUAGAUUGUCUGUACACUUUGACCUUUGACUGAGGUACUUUUUAGCAGGUAAAUGAGUAUGAGUGGGAAACACAUAUUGGUGAAAAAAGAUGGAUAGGUCAUGUGAACCUGUCAAAAUAAAGGAAAUUAAGGUUCUGUGGAUUUGAAGUAGUUUUUGUUGAUUUUGCAGAGGUCUUGAUUGAGUGAACCAGUCUGGGCACUAGAUUUCUUUUUCUUUGUCUAAUUUGUUUGGGCUACGGGUUCUCAUGACCCUGAAAUAAAGGCUGGAGACAGUUUCCUUUGACUUGAGUACUGACUCAACAAAUAUACAUAUAGUAUACUAUAGUAGACAGUGUGUAUGUUCUCUGUGUACAGUAAACCAAAUAGCCAACAACUUGAAUUUGCUGUAUUUAAAAAACACACACUUGGCCACUGUUUUAUUUCAAAAAGUAAAAAUUUGAGUCUCACUAGCUGGGAAGCAAGCAUAAUCUUUCACAAAAUGGAAUGCACUACUGACCUUUAAUAUUUCUAAAUGGAAACUGGAGAUUUUUAAAUAGGUUUUAAAAAAAUUCCUGCACUACAUUAAAAAUUUAAUUUCAUUGUGUAAACUAUUACUACUGCCAGCCUAGUGUCUCAGCCCCAAGAUACCUGAGUCUUUACUCUGAGUAGUUCAGGAUUGCUCACAUGGUGUGGGUCAACCCCUACCAAUUUCCUUUAUGAAAGAUUCACGCUAUUGACUCUCCUCUUUUUCCUCUUGUUUGAUAUGCUUCAUUCUCAUAAUUGUGCAGCUGCUGAAUAGGACCUUGGAUAGAGGUCAAAAUACACACAGACAGCUUAUUGCUCAUGGUUGUCACCACAUUGGUAUAUGCAGAAACCUACUUCACGACAUAAAAUAGUACUGGAACCUCGGUAUUUGAACAGCUCCGUACUUGAACAAUUUGCUGUUCGAAUAUUUUGUUCAGAAAACAAAUCGCUUGGUAGUUGACCGUUUGCUCUGCACUCGACCAAACAAACACAACGUGCCAGAACUUUACUGUAAACUAAUUUGUGUUUCUUUGCAUUUUUUGGUGUUUUUUAUAUUGGACUGUGAGCAGGGUAAUAUUUAGUGAAGGGAUUCAGGGAAACCGGUUAUUUUCAUAUAGUCGGACUUGAGUCCUGGAAAUGGGAAGUACAAUGCCUGCACUUUAAAGGAGGGGUUUGGGAUAUUGGCAGUUUGGAGGGAUAUGUUGUGUAUCUUUAUACGUAUAUGCUUCUAAACUGUUGUAUUCUGAGCACCUCUGCAAAAGCAGUGAUAAUGUGUGAGUGUGGUGAAAGUGUUGAAUGAUGAAAGUAUUUUCUUUUUGGGGAUUUUCUUUCUUGUUUUUGGGUCACCCUGCCUCGGUGGGAAACGGCCGACUUGUUAAAAAAAAAAAAAAAAAAAAAAGUCACCAUGGGGCCUAAGAGGGUUAGUGAUAAUAGCCAACCAAAAAGAAAAUUGCUUGGGAAAAAUUUGUUCUGUACUUUAACAGAUUGAUACUUGAACAGCCUUCUGGAACCAAUUAAGUUCAAGUACCACGGUUCCACUGUAAAAGGUGUUUAUAUUUUCAUCUGCUGCAAAGGACUCGGAGAUUGACAUAAACAACUUUAUUAAUACACCAUAAUUAGUUGUGUCACUUAGGUAGAUUUCAGUUUCCAUUGGCUAGCAUGUUACAACACAUUGCCUUAAAUAUGUUUACUAUCAAUCAACUGAGGAAAAAUUUGUUUGUUCCAGAGCAUUAUGUUCUUCAGUGGUAACAAAAUUUGUUUGAACAAGCUGACUU